AUGGCACUACUUACUCUUGUCGUCGUUUUAAGCAUCGUCUUCUUUGCUAGUCUCGUCAAGCGUGUCUUUUUCCCGUCCAAGCCUCGAAUACCGAAAGGCUUGAAGCCACUCCCGGGACCUAAAGGCUACCCCGUCCUCGGCUCAGUCCCAGACGUCCCUAUACAGAACAGCCACAUAAAAUUCGCCGAGUGGGGAAAGAAGUACGGACCGAUCUAUCAGGUCGACCUCGCCGGAAGUAAUCAUGUAUGGAUCUCCACAGACGCCGUUGCGCGUGAUCUCCUCUCCAGAAAAGGAGCGAUAUACUCGGAUCGCCCGCACAUUCCCGCCUUGCUGCAUGACAAUCGCACAAGCGCAGAGUACCUCCCUCUAAUGAGCAAGAACCCGCACUGGACGAGACAACGCAAAGUGGCGACGCAUAUUAUGCGUGAGUCGCAGGAGAACCAAUUCUACCGCUACCCGGAGCUCGAGUCGAUCCGGCUGCUCAAGGAGCUCAUGGACGAGCCGUCGGCUUACAACCACGCGCUGGAGUCGUUCAUCUCGCGCGUUACGUGCCGCCUGGCAUGGGGUCACCCGGAAGCCAGCGACGAGCUGAAGCAGCGGGCGCGCGAGCUGCUCAUCAGCGUCUCACCAACGGGGCAGCUAGCGAACAAGCUCCCCUUUGUCAUGAGCCUGCCCAGCUGGCUGUCGCCGGCCAAGGCGUGGGAGCUGCGGCGCCAGAAAACGGAGCGCAAGUACUUUGAGCUCAUGCAGUCGCAGGUCAAGAUGGACAUGGCGGAAAAGCGGGCGCCGCCGUCAUGGAUGCGCACGCUGCAGGAGACGUGGGGCAAAUGGGGCUUCACCUACGACCUGGAGGCGGCCUUUUGCGUCGGGAUGCACGGCAUCGCCGGCGCCCUCACCAUCGCCGCGCCAAUGCAGAGCUUCUGCCUCGCCAUGUGCCACUACCCGCAGUACCUCCCGCUGCUGCACGAGGAGCUGGACCGCGUGUGCGGCGAGCGCAUGCCGCGCGCGGAGGACCGGCCGAACCUGCCUGUGCUGCGCGCCUUUAUUCGGGAGGUGAUGCGCUGGCGCCCACCCGUCCCGACGGGCAUCCCGCACUGUCUCAUCCAGGACGACGAAUACAUGGGCUACCACAUCCCCGCGGGCAGCGUCAUACACCCGCUCGAAUGGGCCAUCGCGCGCGACCCCGCCCUCUUCCCGGACCCAGAGGCCUUCAACCCGCUCCGCUGGCUCGAGCCGCAGUACCCCACGUACCGGGAGCCGCUGACCGAGUUCCCGACCAUCAUCAACAGCACGCAGUUUGGGUACGGGCGGCGGCUGUGCCAGGGGCAGGGGGUGGCGGACGAGGAUCUGCUGAUUGGGCUUGGGGCGCUGGCAUGGCUGUUCGACAUCAAGAAGGCAGCGGGGGAGGAGAAGAAGUCGGCGGGCAAAGGGGACGCUAAGGCCGGGACGGAGAAGGGCGUGCCGACCGACGACGACGACGAUGCUAAGCGCUACGACAGCGCGCACUCGGACAGCGAAGACGCGGACGCAGACGCCGACGCAAAAGCGCGCCCCCGCCGCAGCGGCAGGUCCAAGACCAGCACCAGCGCCUCCUCCCCCUCCACCAACCCCACCACCACCGCCCCCUCAGACCCCACCCUCAACUUCUCGCACCUGCUAAUCGCGAAGCCUUUGCCAUUCACGUUCGCCCUCUCCGUCCGAGCCGAGAAGCAGCACCGCGCGGCGCUGGUGCAGGAGCUGUAUGCGGCGCAGUGCGCGCGCGGCGAGUUUGCGCCCGGGAAGCGGUUUUGGGGCGAGAGGGAUGGGGAGGGCCAGGAGUUUGGGUGGGUGGUGACGAGUGGGGCGCGGGUGCUUGUUGGGUCGUGA